AUGGAUCUGCCGGUUGUUAUUGAUUUCGAAGUGUCAAAUGGAGACACUAAUGGUGUUCCAUUCUGGUUGCGUGAUGUAUUUGAUCGUGCACUAGACGCUGUUGGUCUUGGCAAUAGGCUGGCGUCGGACGAGGCUAUUGCCAAUCUCGUCAAAGUAGAUCACACACAGUUGGUGGAUAAGGAAUGUGCAAUAUGCUACGACAAGUUCCUGACGGAGAAAUUAGAGAUUAAGGAGUCUCUGCAACUGGACGAUGGCGGCAAAUACAAGGAGUUGAUGAAACUAGAUCUAGAGUUGAAAAAGAAACUUCGAGAGGAGUAUGGCGUGCGGAUGGAGGCCCUUGAAAGAAAGUCAACGUUUAAUGAUCCACACUUGUUUUUCCCUACUGAUGUUGGUGGCAGUUCUUAUAGUAGAUUUCCCCAACGCAACUUGUCAACGUUUAAACAAGUGUCAAUCGAUGACCAAUUCCCUGGUUCCAACGGCGACAACAAGGAGAGAAAAGAAAAGAAGAUAGAAGAAUACAAGAAAGAGGGUCACAUUGCCGUCAAGAUGCCCGAGUGUGGUCACAUUUUUGGAUUAUCAUGUAUCGUUGAAUGGUUAAAGGCCCAUGUCUCAUGUCCCUUGUGCCGAAAAGAGGUUGAGGCUAGGAAAAAUGACCCAAACGUGUCCAAGAGAGAGAAUAUUGAGGAUAAUGUUGUUGCAAACUACAAUAAUGAGUCUGAGAUUGUUGAACAUCUAAUGACCCACUCAACCGACGUAUUCCGUCCAUUUAGGCGACCAUUUAAUCCACGAGUAACUCCAGUAACUGAUUCCUACAUGGAUCAAAACUGGGCCACACCACCUUACCAACCGCGUCCAUCUAGAUCUAGAGACCCAAGUAUCGUAUUACCGAAAAAGUUUCCCUUUCCUGAUCCUUUAGGAGGAGCCAGCCUUCCUCGCAUGAGAAGAAAUUUUCGAGAAUCAAGGCGAGUUAGGAGAGCACGAUCAAUGAACAGUAAUGAUGAGGAACAAGAAGCUCGGAGGAGAAGAAGUGGGUCGAAUGAGUCGGGGAGAAGCGCAAGAAGGGUCAACUUUUCCCCUCAUACUACAAACAUUGACGAUCUACACGAUUCAAGCGAUAGCGAAGUAUAG